AUGGAGAUUAUCGAGACUCCAAAGCACCUCCUUUCAUCAUGGUCAAAUUCUUUUUUGUUCCGCCGAAUGGAUGUUUGGACGUCCCUAUGCCUCGGCGUGGUUCUCAUCAGUAUCUUCAGCUUGAUACCUUCCUUACGCAAACCCUCCCGCAAACUACCUUAUAUCAACCCUCGAGAGUCAUUAGACCUCUUCAACCAACAGGGAAAAAACAGCUUCUUGUUCAAUGCCAGAAAGUUAAUGGAAAGCGGCAGGCAGCAGUUUCCAGGACAGCCUUACAGGAUCAUGACUGAUGUUGGCGAGACAGUAGUCAUCCCGUCCGACUUUGUCAACGAUAUUCGCAAUGAACCUGGACUUAGCUUCAUGCAGGCUUUUGCCGACAAUUUCCAUCCGCAUUUGCCAGGUUUUGAGGCAUUCGCAGUAGGCAACAGGCCAGAUGGACUCUUUCAAAAGGUCAUCAUGAAGUACAUUACCAAACUGCUGAACCAGAUUACCGAACCCUUAUCAUCCGAAGCCAAAUAUGCUGUCGACCUACGAUUCGGAAACUCCAACCAAUGGCGAGAAUUCAACAUCAAAGACGAUAUACUAGAUGUUAUUUCCCGACUUUCCUCUCGUGUGUUUCUCGGCGCUGAGGUAUGCCGCGACGAAGCUUGGCUUCACAUAACCAAGUCAUACACGGUCAACGGGUUCCUUGGCGCUGAGAUUAUGCGCGGAUACCCCAUCUGGAUUCGCCGAGUAGCACACUGGUUUGUCCCACAGUGCAAAGUCCUCCGACACCAGAUGGCAGAAGCCAGAAAUAUCAUCGAGCCAGUGCUUCAGAAGCGCAGGGAUAUGCGUGCGCGGGCCCAAGCCAACGGCGAGCCGAUUCCUAGGUUCAACGAUGGUCUCGAUUGGUUUGAGGAAGCGAGCAAUGGCUGCAAGUAUGAUGCUGGAGGGGCGCAACUGGGACUAUCGGCCGUCGCUAUACACACCACUACCGAUCUGCUAGUCGAGACCAUGCUGCGCAUCGCCGAGAAUCCCGACCUCUUUGGAGCCCUCAGAAAGGAAAUAGUAGACGUGCUCAGCGUCGAGGGUUGGAGGAAAACGGCGCUUUACAAUAUGAAGAUUACCGACAGCGUCUUGAAGGAAGCACAGAGGCUGAAGCCGGUAACUUCAGCUAUCAUGAGCCGUGUCGCAACCCGCCCGGUAACUCUCCCCAACGGCCUUCAACUGCAAACAGGCGAGCGCUGUGUUGCCGAUCUCGGCGGGAUGUUCGACCCGAGCCUUUAUGAAAACCCCGAGGCGUUCGAUGGGUAUCGCUUCGUUCGCAUGCGAAGGAACCCGAAGCUUGAAAAACAGGCCCACCUCGUCAGCACUGCUCCGUCCCACCUAGGCUUUGGCCACGGUCAGCACGCUUGCCCCGGCCGCUUUUUUGCGUCGAACGAAUUGAAGAUUGCGUUGGCGCACUUGGUUAUGAAGUAUGACUGGAAGCUUCAGCCAGGAUACAAGCCCUGCUGGCAAGAGUACGGCUUCGUCUGGUCGGCAGAUGGAGCGGCAAAGUUGCUAAUGAGAAGACGGGAAGCACCAGAGAUUGAUAUUGAUGCGUUGUGA